AUGCCGAAGGGGCACCAAGUUCGCAACGAGGAGGGUCCUUCGCGUGUUUUCUCCUCCUUUACGCCGUUGAGCGAGCAGCCGUGUUCACGGAACGACGCAAGUUUUAGCACGACUUUCUUGGAGAGUGGGAGAUGGAAGUCCACGCUCUCUAAUUUCUUCCGGCGGGGCGAUGAGCCCUUGCCGGCACCGUCGAUGAUUGACACAAUAACCCAUUGCAAAAGCCCCAGCAGCGGCAGUAACAACAAAAACAACAACAACAGCAGCAUUGGUAGUCAUAACGAUAAUAAUAGCACAAGUAGAACUGUUGCACGCGCUCGUGUGGGGAUUCUCGGGGAUGCUGGCAGUGGGCGUACAUCGCUUGCUUCUGCUGCCGCGAAGGUGGCGGAUCGUUGCGGCUCCGCUUCUGACUUUCAAUCUUUAAGCUCGGGUUCCUUUGUAACGUACAUUUAUCAGUCGUCCGUGUCAAGGCGAAAGGAAUUUUUGGAGAUGAGCGUUGUUGAUAGCGGACCUGUACCACUUCGCGGUGGUACGGCCCGUCACGUAUUACCAGGCUGUGACACCAUUGUAAUCGCCUUUGCACUAACAGGUAUCAAACAGAAAUACCCUGCCACAAGAAAGCUACUUACCUUUAUGGGGAAAAACGAAGGAAAUAAGGAGGAUUCAUCUACGGUCCUUGUCCACGCAGGGGAUCAAACACUACUUCAUGAUUUGUUCGCAACGAUUGCCGCACGGAUCUCUCCUGGGGGGCGAUGCCCAAAUAUUAUACUCGUAGGCACCCAUAAGGAUUUAUUAACCGAUCAAACCACAGGUGCUGUGGAAGUCCUUUUAAAGGAAGUUCGGUCCAUUUGUAACAAUUUUUUGGCGUCUUUUCGGAAAUCACUUGUGCUGAAUUCCUUGUUUGCGGUAAAUACUGUGGAUGGGUCCUGUGUAUCUGAGAACAGGGAAGGCCCUACCACAAUGGCGGGAAUGUGGAGUUUUAUUUGCGAUGUCACUCUGAAAGAAAUCUUGUCGCGCCAUUCAUCGAGGAUAAGUCAUCAAGCUUCUUGUAGCGACUCUUUCUGGCGUCCCCAUCGUUCACCUCUCUACGCAGUUGCCCCAUCAGAGACAUGUAAUUCGAAGGAAGAUGAGCUCUCUUCCAAGUGGAAUGACACGAAUGAUAACAGUUCUUCCUCUCAUCCUUGUUCAGUUAUGAAAGUGCCUGUGAAUUCGCGCAUUGAUGCAGCCAACUCUAAACUACUGGGUCUUAUUACCCGUGCCAAGGCGGAGAAGAAAGUCCUUUUUGCUUAUCGUAAUAUUCUUUGGAGGUUGUUGUAUUCAUCCGUGAUGGUCGGUAGAAGGCAGUUAACGUUGAUUCUGGAGAAGUUGCAAAACGCUGGGGAGGUUGUUUUGAUCCGCCAUCAUCCCGACGUUCUGCCAAUACGAGAUGUGUGUAUCUGCUUCCAUCCGCAUCUUGUUGAACGGGCCCAAGCAACGGUUUUCUUAUAUGCUAGCUAUGCCAACAAUCAUUCGGAGGCACAUGGUAAUCUACUCAAGGAUGUUAACUUAGAGCGCUGUGGACAGUGUGACCCUAAUCAUGAUGUUUCACGAGGCAUAUUUUCUCAUAGGUUACUGUUGGAACUUUCCCCCAGACUUAAACUGGCCUGUUUCUCAACAAAGGAGGUGGAAACAUUUGCGAUGUUGCUUUUGCUUUCGGACACAGCCAUUCUUCGACGGUCCUUCCUAUCGGCAGCAAUGAACACUGGGAACACCUCUACAACUUCCACGGUGACUAUGGAAGGGAAAUUCAAUGGGGUAUAUACUCCAAAUGCCGAUUGCCCGGAUUUUCCCGUAACAAUGUGCUCUUCUGGGAAAAGAAAUAAAGAAGAUGACUUUGAGACGGUAUCGGAACUUCCGUGUGGUGCACCGACGCAAAGGUGCUUGAUGGUGGAAUAUCUUGUUCCUAGUUUGAUAAGAAACAGAUGCCCAAAUGAGGUAAUAGAAUGUGUGCGGCAUUUCGCUGCCACAACAUGUGGGGCAAAGGAUGAACAGCAGAAUAACGUGAUGUCACGUGUAUUGAUGUUACAUCACUGCCCACAAGAUUUUUUCCCAAUGCUAACGAGCCGUCUGCAUCGGUAUAUGGUUCCAUCUGUUCCUAUUUUUUCCGAGACUCUUUGGCUGGGCAAUUUGACGCCAGCAGGAACACCACUUCCCCUCUUGCGGGUAUGCGUUUGUCACACACGAGAUGAAUCUAUGGACAACGCAGUGAAGGAGGGAGGCCAAAUUUCUGGGGUCUCGCUCCUUGAGUUUCACGCAUUUUCGGAUGUUGGUUAUUUGCCACUGGUGUUGCUUUUGGAUGAUAUUACGCGUGAGGCGGCGCGACUAAUUCGACACGAGUUCCCUGGGAUGCUCACAGAGGCGCUACCAAAUAACGUUCCUUUGAGCUGGAGACAGUUGGACGGUAAUCCUCUGCUUGCGUCACUCACAACGACAAGCGAAAUGGGCUCCUUCACAGGGAUGACGACGUUGAGGAAGCUGGACACUCUCUUUCAUUCAUUUAACUCAUGA